AGGCCCGGCGCCUGAUCAUGACGUAAGUUCCGGUUGCCGUGCCGAGUCGGAAGUGGGAACCCUUCGGCCCCUGAGACUUGUCGUGUCGUCGCUGCUGGCCCUUCAGGCUCUGCCCCUCCCCCUAGGUCUGCAUGGAGGAUACUUUAAAGUGAAAUGACAGACCAGGAGAAUAACAACAACAUCUCAAGUAACCCCUUUGCUGCUCUUUUUGGCUCCCUGGCUGAUGCCAAGCAGUUUGCGGCAAUCCAAAAAGAGCAGCUGAAGCAGCAGUCUGAUGAACUCCCGGCUAGCCCAGAUGACUCGGAUAAUAGUGUGUCAGAAAGCCUGGAUGAAUUUGAUUACUCUGUGGCUGAGAUUAGCCGCUCCUUCCGUUCACAGCAGGAAAUAUGCGAACAACUCAACAUCAAUCACAUGAUCCAAAGGAUCUUCCUCAUUACUCUGGACAACAGUGACCCCAGCUUGAAAAGUGGGAAUGGCAUCCCCAGCCGUUGUGUGUAUUUGGAAGAAAUGGCAGUAGACCUGGAAGAUCAAGACUGGCUUGAUAUGAACAAUGUGGAGCAGGCUGUCUUCGCUCGCUUGCUGCUUCAGGACCCGGGCAACCACUUGAUCAACAUGACUUCUUCUACGACGUUGAAUCUCUCUGCUGAUCGAGAUGCGGGGGAGAGGCACAUUUUUUGUUACCUUUAUUCCUGCUUCCAAAGAGCUAAGGAAGAGAUUACCAAAGUUCCAGAGAACUUGCUCCCCUUUGCAGUGCAGUGCCGGAACCUCACCGUGUCCAAUACCCGAACAGUCCUCCUCACCCCAGAGAUCUAUGUUGACCAGAACAUUCAUGAGCAGCUGGUAGAUUUGAUGUUGGAAGCCAUCCAAGGAGCCCAUUUUGAAGAUGUAACUGAGUUUCUCGAAGAGGUCAUUGAAGCCUUGAUAUUGGAUGAGGAAGUGCGCACAUUUCCAGAAGUCAUGAUUCCAGUGUUUGAUAUUUUAUUGGGCCGAAUAAAAGAUCUAGAACUCUGUCAGAUCCUGUUUUAUGCAUAUCUGGAUAUUCUUCUCUAUUUCACUAGGCAGAAGGAUAUGGCAAAGGUUUUUGUAGAGUACAUUCAGCCCAAGGACCCUAGCAAUGGGCAGAUGUACCAGAAGACCUUGCUGGGAGUAAUCCUGAAUAUCUCCUGCUUAUUAAAGACUCCAGGUGUAGUAGAAAAUCAUGGCUACUUCCUGAAUCCAUCUCGUUCCAGUCCCCAGGAGAUCAAAGUGCAAGAGGCCAACAUCCAUCAGUUCAUGGCUCAGUUCCAUGAAAAGAUCUACCAGAUGCUGAAGAACUUACUCCAGCUCUCUCCAGAAACCAAACACUGUAUCUUGUCCUGGCUUGGAAACUGUUUGCAUGCAAACGCGGGCCGCACCAAGAUUUGGGCCAAUCAGAUGCCAGAAAUCUUCUUCCAAAUGUAUGCCUCGGAUGCCUUCUUUCUGAAUCUGGGUGCUGCUCUCCUGAAGCUAUGCCAGCCGUUUUGCAAACCCAGAUCCUCUCGGCUCCUCACCUUUAACCCCACUUACUGUGCCCUGAAGGAGUUGAAUGAUGAAGAACGAAAAAUUAAAAAUGUGCACAUGAGAGGUUUGGACAAAGAGACUUGUUUGAUCCCAGCUAUGCAGGAGCCAAAGUUCCCCCAGAACUACAACCUUGUGACAGAGAACCUUGUCCUGACCGAGUAUACCUUGUACUUAGGAUUUCACAGGUUGCAUGAUCAGAUGGUAAAAAUCAACCAGAACCUGCAUCGGCUGCAGGUUGCCUGGCGAGAUGCUCAGCAAACUUCUAGCCCUGCCGCUGACAACCUUCGUGAGCAGUUUGAACGGCUGAUGACCAUCUACCUUUCUACCAAGACUGCCAUGACGGAGCCCCAGAUGCUGCAGAACUGUCUCAACUUGCAGGUGUCCAUGGCUGUUCUGCUCGUCCAGCUGGCCAUAGGCAAUGAGGGCUCACAGCCAGUCGAGCUAACUUUUCCUUUGCCAGAUGGCUACAGCUCUUUGGCUUAUGUGCCAGAAUUUUUUGCAGAUAACUUGGGCGAUUUCCUCAUUUUUCUCCGCCGCUUUGCUGAUGACAUCUUGGAGACAUCUGCCGACUCCCUAGAACAUGUUCUUCACUUUAUUACGAUUUUCACUGGAAGCAUAGAAAGAAUGAAGAAUCCUCACCUAAGGGCCAAACUGGCUGAGGUAUUGGAAGCAGUGAUGCCCCACCUGGACCAGACACCAAAUCCCUUGGUAACCAGUGUGUUCCACCGGAAACGUGUGUUCUGCAACUUUCCCUAUGCACCCCACCUUGCAGAAGCUCUAAUCAAGGUCUUUGUGGACAUUGAGUUUACAGGAGACCCCCAUCAAUUUGAACAGAAGUUUAAUUACCGACGUCCCAUGUAUCCCAUCCUAAGGUACAUGUGGGGAACAGAUACCUAUCGAGAGAGCAUUAAGGAUUUGGCUGACUAUGCCUCUAAGAAUUUAGAAGCCAUGAAUCCCCCGCUUUUCCUCCGCUUUCUUAACCUGCUGAUGAACGAUGCCAUCUUCCUCCUGGAUGAAGCCAUACAGUAUUUGAGCAAGAUAAAGAUUCAACAGAUUGAGAAAGACCGAGGUGAAUGGGAUAGUCUGACUCCAGAAGCCCGCCGAGAGAAGGAGGCCGGCCUACAGAUGUUUGGACAGUUGGCACGUUUCCAUAACAUCAUGUCCAAUGAAACAAUUGGUACCCUUGCCUUUCUGACAUCAGAGAUCAAAUCACUUUUUGUGCAUCCUUUCCUGGCUGAGCGCAUCAUCUCCAUGCUGAACUACUUCCUGCAGCACCUGGUUGGCCCCAAGAUGGGGGCCUUAAAAGUCAAGGACUUCAGUGAAUUUGACUUCAAACCCCAGCAGCUCGUAUCAGAUAUCUGCACAAUCUACUUAAAUCUUGGGGAUGAGGAGAACUUCUGUGCUACGGUGCCCAAGGAUGGACGUUCCUAUUCCCCAACUCUCUUUGCACAGACAGUCCGAGUCCUCAAGAAAAUAAAUAAGCCCGGGAAUAUGAUUGUGGCUUUCAGCAACUUAGCAGAGAGAAUCAAGUCUCUAGCUGACCUCCAGCAACAGGAGGAGGAGACCUACGCAGAUGCCUGUGAUGAGUUCCUGGAUCCCAUCAUGAGCACACUCAUGUCUGACCCUGUGGUGCUGCCAUCCUCCAGAGUCACUGUGGAUAGAUCCACCAUUGCCAGACAUUUGCUCAGUGACCAAACCGAUCCCUUUAACCGUAGUCCCCUCACCAUGGACCAGAUCCGGCCAAACACAGAACUAAAAGAAAAAAUCCAACGGUGGCUUGCAGAGAGGAAACAACAACAAAAGGAGCAACUUGAAUAAAUACUGUGAACUAAACAAACCAAAAACAACCAACCCCAGAAUGUAGAUAAGCAAUCGUUUGUGGUUUCUCUCUUUUUGGUUCCGUUCCCUCUUUCUUUCUUUCUUUCUUUCUUUCUUUCUUU